UGAAAACUGUCAAAGCAUACGAAAUAAGGAUGUCAAUUUGUGUGGCAUAUAUUUUAUAAAUUAUUUAUUAUUUUGUAAUCAAUUUACAAACAUGAUGUUCAUUUACGCGUGCACAGUCAUACUCACGGCAAUAUGUGAAGUCAUCGCCGUGGACCAGAAGGACUAUGCACCAAAUGUCGGCACAGUACUGUUCACUGCAGCAGAUCUUAAGAAGAAACAAUGGAGCAAGAGCGAACUAGCAUUACUGAAGGCCAGAAGGCACUUCCAAACCCUGCUUCCACCACCAGUUUUCAUCAACAACUUCAAUGAAGACUACGUCAACAUACUACUCGGAUAUUUCAAGGAUGCCUACACCGCUAUCAAACGAGAAGCUCCUGACACCGAAACAGACACCAUUAUGACCACAGCUCUGUCUGAUGCAAUAGGCGGCUACCUUAAAGUUUGGGUACUACCCGUGGCAAAACUGGACUACUACGGAGGUACAGUAUCUCAAAAUAACGUUGUCAAACUAUUCAAAUUUUACAAUGAGAUAAAAAGAUACUUAGACACUGAUGGUGUCGGAUGGCGCGAGCCUGAUGAAAGGGUGCUCAACUCUAUGACCAUCAAUGUAGCUCCGUUGAAGAUCAUGUCAAACACCAGAAGCAUGAAAGAUCCUUGUGAUAAUUUAGCUUACUUUGAGAAGACUGAUACAGGAUUGGCGAUACCAAUUCCUAACGUGAAUUGGAAUGAGAGAGCAAGUACAAUGUUUAUACCGUUGAAAAAUACAUCUUUAAUACCGAUGAACACUCCAGAUUCUGCACACAAUCUGGUUAAAUACUACGACGCAGCAAAAAAUUGUAUUCAAUCCAGUAACCCUAAGGAACAGGAGAAAUUCGAUGAAAAAUUUCAAGAGUGGCUCGCACGUGACGUUGUGCCACACUUGAAGGAUGAGAACCUGUACCUCGCACUAGGAAGUGUGCUCUCACUAGUAAACAGGACACGAGAUCUUUGCAAUAGCGUCAUUGACUUAUACGGGAACAAAUACGUCAUGUGUAAGAAACCCCCUUCACACGCGUUAGUCGAUUUAUCAUGUAAAAAAAUGUGGAUAAUAUCUAUUAUACUGCUUAUUGAAGUGGCCUGGUGCAUACCAGCUCUGAUUUACAUAUUAUGUUCUAAAAGAUUUCGCAAAAAAGAUUGUACAAGUAACGUCUAUCUCUUUAUAGAUAAUAAUAAGGGCGGUAAGGGUGUUAAGGCGGAAAAAAAGGGGAAAGGUUACUUCAAAGGUACGACGAGCUGCAUGGUUGAAGACACUUAUCCAUUAUCACAGGAUAGACCCCAUAGCACAACAUUGAGUAGAGAUCCUGAAGUAGUAUUAUUUCGUAGAUCCCAGUUGACCAACAUGGAAUUUGAAGGUCAAUUGCCCGAAUCAAAAAUGGCUAAAAAUAUUGGAAUUGGGUCGCUAUUGUGUCUUCCAUCGGAUCCCAUAGUUAACAAGAUAUCUCGUGAAAUACCCAAACAAUUUGGAGUUAUCGAAAAAAAGUCGUCACUUAAGAGGCCGGCUCAAUAUGUAUACCCUGAUCGAUAUAAUUCUAUGCAACAUAUGAACAACUCAUCAAGUUACGACCAGGGCAUCAGCUGCAGUUCGAAAUAUACCCAAAGCGAUAACAGUGUCACAACAGUGCGGUAUGCGUCAAAAAACUUACCACCAGACAGGACAUCGUUUGACUACAGAAAUAGAAAAAGAUGUGAUUACAGAAGGUGUGAUGAUCGUAGAAAAUCAGAGGAGUGUUGUCAAGUCAGUGAAGUCCGUGGCAAAAGGUCACAAAACGAACAAAGAAGAUUUGAAGACCUCCAAAAAGCAGAAGAACGUAAGAAACUUGAAGAAUGGCGACGGGCAGAAGAACACAAAAAAGCAGAAGAACGCAGAAGGGCAGAAGAAUGUAAGAAACUAGAAGAACGCAAAAGGGCAGAAGAAUGUAAGAAACAAGAAGAACGCAGAAGGUUGGAAGAAUUAAAGAAACAAGAAGAACAUAGAAGGGCAGAAGAAUUUAAGAAACUUGAAGACCGCAAAAGAGCAGAGGAAUAUAAAAAACUUGAAGAACGGCGAAAAGCUGAAGAACGUAAACAGCUAGAAGACAUCAGAAAAGCAGAAGAAUCCAAGAAAUUAGAAGAAAGUCGCAAGGCAGAAGAACGUAAAAUAGCAGAGGAACGUAAAAAAGCUGAAGAAUUGAAGAAAUUAGAGGAACGUGAAAAAGCAGAAGAAUACAAGAAAUUAGAAGAACUUAGAGUUGCGGAAGAACGUAGAGCUGCAGAAGAACGUAGAAUUGCAGAAGAACAAAGAAUAGAAAACGAACGUAAACUAGCAGAAGAACAUAAAAUUGAACUUAGAUUUUCAGAAGAACGUAGAAAGCCGGAAGAAUGUAGAUUAUCGGAAGAAUUUAGAAUAGCAGACGAUCGUAAAAAAGCAGAGGAAUUUAAGAAACUAGAAGAACGCAUUAAAGCGGAAGAAAGUCUGCAUUUGGAUGAAUUCAGAAAUAAUGAAGACCGCAGACACACCGAUGAACCUCGAAUGUUUGAAGAUAGCAGAAGAUUCGAAGAAUGUAGGAUGUUAGAAAAACAAGACGAUUGUAAAACACUAGAAGAGUAUAGGAUGCUAGAAAAACUUGAAGAAUGCAGGAGUCUUGGAGAACGUAUCAAAGCAGAAGAAUAUAGUAGAAGACGUAAACUGUUUGAAGAUCAAACUAGGAAGUAUGAAGAAUUUAAAAAAUACCAGGAACGCAUGGAACGUGAACAAUCUAGUAAAAAACUUGAAGAACAAAAUGAGGAACAAAAAGAUAUUGAGGAGUUCCGGAGACAAAGAAAAGCUGAGCAUUCCAGGAAAAAUGAUGAACGGAAAAAGCCAGAAGAGGCUAAAACGUUCGAUGAAUACAAAAAACUUAUGGAAGCCAGACAGCUUGACGAAUCCAGGAAACAAGAUAAUACUAAAAAAUAUGAUGAAGCAAGAAAAUAUGAUGAGACGAGAAAUUAUGAUGAAGCCAGAAAACGUGAUACAGCUAGAAAUCCCAAUGAGUGUAGGAAAUAUGAGGAAAUUAGAAAAUUUGAGGAAUCCGAUAAACCCAGAGAACAGAAAACAGGUAGAAAACCUGAAGAUAUUAAAAAUCUCGAAAGUUAUAGAGAUUUCGAUAAUAGUCGACAACUUGAUGCACAAAGACAUAACAAUAAAGACAUGGGAGGCAGCAAGGUGUUAGAUAGUCUCACAAACUUAUACUCAGGCACUAAGAUUCAAAAUGACUUUAGAAAAACAGAGGAUCGAAGGGACCAAGAUCGUAACUCUUAUAAUACGAUGGACAACUGUGGUGUUCGAGGGGCCUAUUCUGAUAACAUAGAUAACCAGGGCGCCAAAGACGGCGACUAUUCUAGCAGUACUGGUGACCAAAUAACACGAGACAGUAGCUGUAAAAAUACAAGUGAUCGUGGAGAAUGCGAGCAUAGCUCUUGUAACAAGAUAGAUGACAAAGUAGCUCGAAACGAGAGCUAUUAUAACAAGAGAGGUGAAAGAGAAGUACGUGUGACUCCAUGUUGUUGCCAUAAGGCUGAUGACAGAGUAGCGCGUGACUGUUGCUGUGCAAGACCAGAACACAAGAGACACGACCAUAGCUGCAGUAAAAGGAACGAAGACCGAAGGAAGCGAGAGCACAGCUGUAGUAGAAAGACAAAACAUCGAAAAGAAAGAGACGACAGCAUUUACUUAGUUGAAAAUCAGAGAGGACGAGAGGAAAGCCCUUAUUUAAGAACUACAGAAGAAAUAAACAAAAGAGACAGUAUGCCUAAAGAAAGCACGCACAUUGUCAACGAAGUUAAAUUUGAGAAUUUGAAUCGCAAAUCAUCUGAUUAUGUGGACUACAACAGUCCAUUAGCAGACUCCCGAGACACUAUAACAGAUGAGCUGCAAAGAAGUUCUUAUCCUUGUACCGAGUGCAUCGAUUCACUAUCGACUUCAACGUAUCGCGAUGUAACUUCAGAUAGUCUUUCAAAAUAUCUGUCAGAUAAACCGUUGGAGAGAGAAAGAAAAACUCGCUUUGAAGUCACGAAGGAACGGAUGAUGCCAGGAAACAGAGGAAAAAGUAAAAACAAAGUCAAAGUAAAAACUGGAAAGUCUCCAUACUUGGAGAUUACUAUUGACAGACCUACUACUGAGAUUUGCGUGGAUAUGGGACAGUGUAAGUCGCAUUACUCGUCGUUUAAGCCGAGCAAGAUACCCAAACGUGCUAGUAUUCAACCAUUUCAUAGUAGACAAGGAUCAGACCCAACGGAGAAACAAAAGAGUCUAAUUCCUCAGCCUAAAAGGAAGACACUAGAUGACAUUACUUUAGCCCAGUGCGGCUGUUCCAAGUCAUGUGACACUAGAUUAAAUGACACUUUCUGAUGACUCGAACUAUCUACAUGUGUCUAUACGUUUGGCACCAUUAUAAAGAGGGAAUUUAGUUUUAUUAUAGGUAGUUGAUAUUUCAAUAAUGUUAGCUGUACGAUUAUUGCUGUAAUUCAUUUGAUACUGUUAUUAAUAUUAUAUGGGUUUAAGUAUAA